UCGAUGUACCUAUAUAUGACUAAGCCCAGGAUUCAGAACUUCCACACAAGCUUUCAGAUAUGGCAAGCAUAACUGAGCAUUACGUUCAGAACCUCAAUGAAGUGCCCCAGGAGUUUCUUGUUCAAGCCAAAGACAUGCCCUUGCUUGAAGAUGGUGUGUUUCAGGAGCUGCCAUUAGUUGAUAUGAGUGAGCCUCCUCACCAACAAAAGCAGAAGAUUUCUGCUGCCUGUCAGGAAUGGGGAUUCUUCCAGGUGGUGAAUCAUGGGAUUCAUCUAGAUGUGGUGGAGAACGCAAGGAAAGCAGCAAGAGGCUUCUUUGAGCUUCCAGUAGAAGAAAAACUGAAAUGGGCUCGAGAAGAAGGGAAAACUGAUCAGAUCGCUGGUUAUGGACGUACAGAGGGCUUCAGAGGCCAGUACAGUGACUGGAUGGAUUCCCUCUAUGCCUUCCUUGCUCCUGAUUCCCUCAAGGCUCGCCAUUUGUGGCCUUCAACACCCACAGACUAUAGGGAAUCAAUAGAAGAGCUUGGAAAGGAGUCUACCAAACUUAUGACACAUUUUCUGAGCAUAAUAUCAGAAGAUUUGGGGAUGCCCAGUGACUGUCUGGGCAAGGAAUUUGCAGGUUACAAUCUUUUCUACAGAGCAAAUUACUAUCCACCAUGCCCACAUCCAGAUAAAGUACUGGGCACUCAUGCACACACAGACCAUGGUGCAAUUACUAUUCUUGUUCAAGAUAAUGUCUGUGAUGGCUUACAAGUUGAGAAAAAAAAUGGGGGCUGGAUCUCUGUUGCCCCUGUUCCUGGCGCUCUUGUUAUCAAUCUUGGAGAAUCUCUUGUGAAACUGUGUGGAGGAAAGUACAGAAUUGCUCUGCACAGAGGCGUGGUGACAAACAAAACUACAGCCAUGACUCUUGUGCUUCACUUGGAUCCUCCGCUCAGUCUUUCAUCUCUUUAAACCUUCUGUCAACUAUAUUUCACACCAUCUUGCAAUAAAAUAGCGCUACAUAAAUGCAAGGAGUUCACAGUAACCCCCGAGAUCUAUAUAUUUUCUGCAGUCAUGUUUGAAUAUCAAUUGUGUGGUUUAGUAGUAAGACCAUUUGGUUUACUCCAACAUGGAUUAUCAGAGAUUUUAUAGAACUGUUGUGUAUGUUUUAUAUGCAAGAGUUAUAUUAUCAGUUUCAACAACUUAUUAAUACAAGAUGUUUCCAUGGCGGGUGGAAAAGGUCAUUGUUAUUGUAAAAAAUGACAAUAAGAAUGAAGAAAGGGAACGUUAUGUAUGUGCAGGUGAUAUUAACGAUGAGCAUGUACCAAACAGAUAUUUAAUUAUAAUAUAAUAUGGUUAUGUAAUGAUGGCAAAAUAAA